AUGACCAGAACCAGAACCAGAACAGUCCUCACACCUCCUCUCUUCCCUCUCCCAAUCAACACAAGCCUCUCACUGCUGUUGCUCUUCUCUCUCUCCUUAUCCCCCCGGGAGUCUCUCUCCCACGUCGACCCCUACUUCGGAAACUGCAGCCUCCCCGUCGCCUGCGGCGGCCUGAACAUCACUUUCCCGUUCUUUGUCCCCGACCUGCAACCCUCCUACUGCGGCUUCCCGGGCUUCGCCCUGUCAUGCGCCAACGACACCCCGGUCAUCAAUCUCACCGGUGACGACUAUGUCGUCCGCGACAUUUUCUACAAGAACCAGUCUCUCCGCAUCUCCAACGCUGCCCUCUCCGACGGCAACUCGACCGCCUUCACUUACUGUGCGCCCGGUUCUCUCAAGAACCUGACCAUCCCGUCGAGUCUGUUCCAGCUGAGCCAGAACGUUACCGCCACCCUCUCUCUGUUAUACAACUGCAACAUCUCUACCCGCGCCGACAAGCUUCUGAACUACAAGACCAGCUGCACUGGCGAAGAAGAAGGCGAAAGUGGGGUCGUUUUGGGGAUAUAUGGGGACAGCGAGGAUCAAGAGGUGAUCGAUGCCACAAAAACUGCGGGACUUUGGUGGAGGCGCCGGUGGCGGCGGAGUGGAGAGGGAGAGCGGAGAUAG